GCAGUUUUGGGCCGACUCUUCACCGGCGGCAUGUUCCUGCGGCACAGCCACCCCGUCGUGCACCCGGACCCGGCGGCUCCCGCUCCGGCUGCGCAGGGCCAGGGGCCGGUGGCUCCCGCUCCGGCUGCGGUGCCGCAGGCGCAGGGACCGGUGGCUCCCGCUCCGGCUGCGGUGCCGCAGCCGCAGGGACAGGGGCAGGCGGCAGCUGCGGCGGCGCAGGCGCAGGGACAGGGCCCGGCUCCGGCCGCGGGAGCGCAGGGGCCGAACGCGAACGCGCCGCCGCCCGGGGUGCAGAUGGUGGACCCGCGGGGGGCGCCGGGGACGCGCUGGGGGCUCGCGGCCCGCCUCGCGCAGGCGCUGCUCGCGGCGGCCGCCGUCGCCUUCAUGGCCUCCACCGACGACUUCCGCACGCUCACCGCCUUCCGCCUCCUCGUAGCAGCAGAGUCUUUGCAAUGCCUGUGGAGCCUCGCCCUGGCCGCCGUGGACAUCUACGCACUUCUUGUCAAAAGCUCCUUCCGGACAGCCUGUGCUACCACCAUAUAUUCCACCGGGGACUGGGUCACUGGAGCACUGAGCUUCGCUGCAGCGAGUGGGUCGGCAGCCAUGACCACUCUCAUCAACAACGACCUGCUACUGUGCUCGGAGAACCACUGCCCGACCUAUAUGGCCGCUACCGCCAUGGCUUUCUUGAGCUGGUUCGCCAUCGCGCCGUCCUGUGUCAUUAACCUCUGGGCGGCGGUCUACAGCGUGCAGAGAGCAUAGUCUGCGGAGCAAGAACCAGGCUGUUUGACCAACUUAGGUGGCGCAUCUAAUAUAGUUAGUACUACUAACGACCGGUAUAUUAUCGAUAUUUCUGUAGUAAAAUCAGGGAGUAGCUUGAUGUUCAGAAGGGUGGUUGGUGAAGCUCUGCACUUUAUCUCCAGGAGCGUAUGUAUGCCAUCUUAUUAUGCGAGGCUGGCUGGGCUGGUGGUUGUGAUCUGGUGAUGAGCUGACUGGUGGGCUACUUGUGUAGAGCUCAAGGUUGCUGAUGAUAUGCUCAGUCUGUUUGCUCA